AUGCCGAAAGUUAACCUCAACAAGAGCUCCAAGAGGAAGGAAGGAGAUUUUAAGAGGAGAAAGAGCACUCUCGGCAGGGGAAAGCAUCAGCAUCUUAGCCACACUAAAAUUGAUUUUAGAACAGCUAAGAUUAAAUUAUUAAGAGAUGCAAGAUUCGAAAAUACAGAAGUUGUCAGCGAAGGUCCAACAAUUGAGCAGCUAAAUAACCUUCUUAACAUGGCAAAUCAUGAUACAGAAAAGAAAAUCAUUCAAGGAUUUUCCGGAAUCCAAAAUAUCAUUACAAAAUCGCCAGGGUUGUUCGUACAGAACUCAGGAACAAUCAUUUCUGCAAUUAUGAGGAAAUUUAAUUCUUCUUCUGAAGAAGUUCGAAAAUCAACCCAAAAUCUUCUGCAAACUAUCUUCAACCGUUUCAACGAUAUCAUGCUUCCAUCAGUUCCAAUCAUUUGCAGAUACAUUGCAGUUUUUUCUGUUGCAAAUAGCGAAAUUAGCAAAAAUUUAUCUGCCUUGCUUCUAGAAAAAGUCUCAACACUGCAUAAUUUACAACCUAUAUAUCCUUUAUUCCAAAUAUUCCCGCAGUUAAUUAAGUCAUCACCUAAUCCAAAAGUUUUUAUUCAAAUGAUUAAGCCAAUGACAAAGAUUAUUCACAUUUUCGGUUCUAAAAAGAAAUAUUUACCCUCAGAUUACCCACAACCACUCAACUUCCCAAUGCUUUUUACACGUGAUAACGCUACAUUUUCAAAAAGAUUCUCAAGUAGCUGUAUUUUGACUCAAGACAUACUUGCCACCAUCGAAGACUUAAUUACAGAGCUUAUUAAUAUCUUACCAAAGAUUCAAUACGAUGAAGGACACGGUGCAUUAAUCGAAAUAUGUCGUUUCUUAACAGAACUCAAUCUUUUGAACCAUAUUGACCAAAUCAAACCAUUUGUUGACUUCGUUAUCGCAUGUGGAUGGCCAUUUGAGAAAGUUAGCGCUCAAAGAAACACAAUUGUCGCAGAAUUUUUGGCAAUUGAUCCAGAACAAAUAGAUAACGUUCGCUCAUUCCUUAAGGAUUAUCCUGGAUCAGGUACUUUGCUUGCAAUCGUUGGUGGAGAACCAACAUCAAAUUGUCUUGAUGAUGUUGACCCUCUUUCGCUUUGCAACAUCAAGAUAUCUCGAGAAAUGCAGCCUAUUGCAUUCACCCAACUCAUAAAUUAUUAUAUUAACGAGGAACAUCCGUCAAAGAAAGUUCUUUCCAAAUUGAUCGAAAUUGAGAACAAGCCAGAAAAUUACCAAACAGACUUGUUCAAUUUAAUUGAGAAGAAAUUGGUCAGAAAAGUUCCAAUCCAAGUCGAACAAAAAGAAGAAGAACAACCACCAAAAGAAGAGAAACAGCAAGAAGAAACUAAAAAUGUCGAAGAAAACAAAGAAAACAAAAUUAAAUUUACUGUUGAAACAGCACAAGAAGAAACAGUUGAAGAGGAAGAAGAGGAGAUGAACGAAGAGCAAAUAAGACAAUUAGUAGUCUCAGAGAAAGAAAAAGAGAGACAAAAUUACAUUGUUAUGCUUAUUGCUUCUUGCAACAACUUUGAGAAGGACUUCUUCAUGAAAUUAGUCGAUUUAUUGACAAAGAAAGAAUCUGAUGAUACUUAUUUUGUUCCUUUGAAUGUCGCUGAGUCAAUCGCACAAGCAAUUGGAACAGGAAGAAGAUCUAAACUCAAUUUCAUUAUUUCAUUCCUUUAUUCACUCGGAACUAAACGUCCUGAACUCCGAAAAGUCAUUACAAGAGCAAUGGAGUUCAUGAUCGGAUAUGCCCGUGAUGCUGAUGAAAAGAAAUUGCUGACAAAGCUUGAUUUAGCAACUUGGCAACUCAAGUAA